CGCACUGUUAGGCGUUGCUGCAGCUCCGGUCUCUCGGCGCAGCUACAGCUGCAGUCGGUGAAGCUAAGGCGGAGGGACUCGGCAAGGGAGGAACACGGUACGUGUGUUACUUUGGUCGGAUCAUUUCUUAAAUCUGCUAAAAACUGGACGGAAUGUGAAUGUCGUGGUACCGGAGGACGCGCUGGCGGUGCCAGGCGACCUGCCUGCCGUAUUCAGUGGACUGUUCAGGUUAAUUCUCCUCAUUCAUUGAGGUAGGCUUUUUUUCUGUUCUCCAUGGCGCAGAUGAAAAGGAUGCGAAUAUUCUUGUUUUUGCCCUGUUCAUAUCAUUUUAUGAUAGAAAAGCGAGGCGUUAUUGCCGCUCGUAAUGCCUUUGUUUCAAUGACGAUAAAUGUGCAGAAGACUCGAAUUGGGAAGGAACUGGGACAAAUAAUCAUGCUGCCAGGAUAAUAGAUGACUACUCUCAAUGAAAACAUAGAGGAGGGGUCUUAGUGAAACCAUGGCUGAGAAGGAGAACAAUCUGAAAACAGCCAGGUUGUGGAGAGAUGCUGCUCUGCGCUCCAGGAAGCUGAGAAGCAACCUGCGCCAGCUGACCCUGAGCACCAAUAACAACCAGAAGAUCACUCUUCCAGAGAACAUCAAUGAGAUAGAAGUCCUCAAUCUUGGCAACAACUCUUUGCAGGAGCUGCCAGAUGGAUUGGGGGCCACACUUACCAACCUGCGCAUUCUGAUAUUAAGGAGGAAUAAAUUUACCUAUGUUCCUUCCGCUGUUUUUGAGCUCAGGCACCUGACGGAGCUGGAUCUAAGUCACAAUUGCUUGGGUCACUUUUCUGAGGAAAUACAUUGCUUGAAUAGCCUGAAAAAGCUGUGCAUCAGUCACAACAAAAUCAAAUCUCUGCCAACGCAGAUAGGCAUGUUACAUUGCUUAGAGGAGCUGGAUAUUAGUUUUAAUGAGCUGCGCGAGCUCCCUUGCUCUUUUUCCCAGCUGAAAAAGCUCAGAACACUGGAUGCAGACCACAACAAACUCACUCACUUCCCAGAGGAAAUUCUGUCACACAAUGACCUUGAAGAGUUGGACUGUUCAGGCAACAGGUUUGAGGGAUUGCCAGGUGGAAUUAUGAUGCUUCAGUCCAUCAAAAUCUUGUGGCUGAGUAGCACAAGAAUUUCCACUUUGCCUGAGACAUUCUGCGAUCUGAGGAAUUUGGAAAGCCUAAUGCUGGACAAUAAUUCUUUGAAAGCUUUACCACAGGCCUUUGGAAAAAUGCAAAGACUGAAAAUGCUGAAUCUUUCUUCCAACUCCUUUGAAGAGUUCCCUCUGGUUAUUCUUGAGAUCUCUGGUUUGGAGGAACUGUACUUGAGCAGAAACAGACUGACGCUUGUUCCAGAAGAUAUAGGCAAGCUAUGCAAACUUGCCAAUUUGUGGCUGGACAAUAAUAAAAUUACGUACUUACCUGAUUCCAUAGUGGAGCUUGGGCAAUUAGAAGAGCUGGUAUUACAGGGUAACCAAAUUGCCAUCCUUCCUGACAACUUUGGAAAACUCUCCAAGGUUAAUAUAUGGAAAAUUAAAGACAACCCGCUCGUGCAGCCUCCUUAUGAGGUGUGCAUGAAAGGCAUCCCUUAUAUAGCGGCCUAUCAGAAAGAACUUGCACAUUCCCAACCUGCUGUGAAGCCGAGGUUAAAGCUGGUUCUGAUGGGGCUAAAGGAUGCUGGGAAGACUAAUCUGAGACAAUGCCUCAUUACAAAGCCCCAGGACAUGACUGUUGGAAAUGGAAAUAAAGGGAUUGACGUGACAAACUGGACAGCAGAUGCUGAACGGAGCCUAACCUUUAUUGUGUAUGAUUUGUCCGGAGCGCAAAGCUAUGAUCUGAUAAAGCCGUUUUUUCUUUCUCCAGGUGCUUUGUACAUUCUUGUUGUCAACUUGAAAACAUAUGUAUCCAGGCAUUUUUAUACUUGUGUGGGGUACUUCUUGCAUCUUCUUAGUGCCAAAGUCCCACACGGUGUUGUGUGCAUUGUAGGGACUCACACCGAUUUAUGCGACGAGGUGGAAAUUGAAGAAAAAUGCCUGGAUAUCCACCGGCAGAUUGCCCUCCAAGAAAAAAGAGACACGGAGUUCUUACAAGGCCUGGUGCAAAAGGUUGACGAAGCUCUCAACCAGGACUAUGACAUGAGGAAUUCUAGCCCCCAUGUGUUUUACUAUGGGGUUUCUGACAGAAACCUUCGGCGCAAGAAAGCGCAGCUGCAGUAUCUACUUAACCACCGUCUCCAGAUCCUCUCCCCAGUCUUCUGUGUCAGUUGUGUCCGAGACCUCCGAAACACACAGAGGCUGAAGGAGAAGCUCAUGUCGGUCGCCGAACAUCGGGAAAUCUUCCCCAACCUGCACCGGAUCCUUCCCAAGUCCUGGCAGAUGCUGGAGGAGUUGCACUUUAAACCCCAAGAUCUCUGGCUGUCCUGGUGGGACUCCGCCAGGCUGGGACUGCAAGCUGGACUUACAGAGGAUCGUCUGCAAAGUGCUCUCUCUUACCUGCAUGAGAGUGGAAAGCUGCUCUACUUUGAAGACAGCUUGAGCCUCAAGGAGUAUGUCUUCCACAACCUCCCAAAGUUCAUCGACAUCCUCAAUGUCUUCUUCCAGAGGGACGCUGUUACGCUCCUGGAGAAGCUACUCUGUGAAUCUGAUGGGGACCAGAUGAGAGCCACCCAGCUCCACCACUAUGUGGAAGGGUUCCUUCUUCAUGGCCUCCUGCCUUCACACAUCAUCCGGCUGCUCCUGAAGCCCCAUAUACGGACUCAGCAGGACCUGCACCUCAUCCUUGAGCUACUUGAGAAGAUAGGCCUCUGUUACUGCAUAAACAAGCCUAAGUGCAAGCCUCUGAAUGGUGCCACCAUGUGGUACAUGUUCCCCAGCUAUGUUAAAAAUGAGGUGCCACAUGCAGAAGCCUGGAUCAAUGGAGGGUCUGGUGUUUCUGGGCAGCUGUUUUCAGUGGAGCAGCUGCAGAUUGAGUACAGCUUUCCAUUUCUUUUCCCCCCUGGCCUUUUUGCCAGGUACAGCGUACGGAUCAACACCCAUGUGGUGCAACGCUCGGAUGGCAAGUACCAGAUAUUUGCCUAUCGGGGAAAAGUCCCUGUUGUGGUCAGCUACCGGCCUUCUCGGAGCAGGCUGCAGGCAGAAACCUUGUCCAUUGCCAGUCAUGCCUCUUUGCCAAAUAUCUGGACAGCUUGGCAAGCUAUAACCCCUUUAGUGGAAGAGUUGAAUGUCCUUCUCCAGGAAUGGCCAGGCCUUUACUACACUGUGCAUGUCCUCUGUUCCAAGUGCCUUAAAAGAGGGUCACCUAAUCCCCACACUUUCCCAGGGGAGCUGCUGAGCCAGCCCAGGCCAGAGGGAGUGACGGAGAUCAUCUGCCCAAAGAACGGAUCGGAACGUGUCAAUGUGGCUCUGAUUUACCCCCCCACCCCCACCGUGAUCAGUCCCUGUUUGAAAUGAGGGUCCCCCAACUCCAGCUCCUCCAGCCCCUCGCCACACAGCUGCCCCCCAUGUCAACAUGUCAGCCCCCUGUCAGCACCGGCAUCCCUGCAACCAACACAUCACUGUCAGACCAAAGAACAGCACAGCUCCACUCCAUGGUAUCAGAAUGGCCAGUCUUAUGGAUGCCUACGUAUUAUGCAAAAGGACAACAACAAAACAAACAAGACUGGGAAGCUGACAAUCCACGAGCAAGUAUCUGGCUCUGGUGGAAGCAUGGACCCUCACCUCUGUUUCAAGCCAGACCAGCUGGACAAUUCUUGCUGCUUUUCCGGCCUCACGGUCAUCGCAACUGUUGUCCCAUAAUGUUGCUCUACAACAACCAGGCCGAAUAAACAGUGAGGCAGAAAGAGGAAGAUGCAGUUGGGUGUAUGUUAUUUUUCCUGUGGCUUCUCAGGGAUUAAGUAUGUAACAGAAGCGCACUUGAAAGCCAUAUUUACUCUCCCAACAUGGUUUGGACUUAAUGUGAAAGUGAGCAGAUCAUUCACUGAAACAAAAGCAGCCUGGGGUGGUGAUGGUGAUGGUGAAGAAGGGGUUCUUUUCCAGGAAAUAAUGUGAAAAAAGAAGAGAACAACAACAGUGGGCCUGUCCUACUGCAGCAGUUCUGAAGGACAUACUGCGAUGUGCAGAACUGCAGAUACCAGCGAGGUGGGAAGUUCUUAAGAGGGCUGGGAUCAGAAUGUCAAAAGAUUUAGUUCAGGAAGUCUGAACUAAAGGACAGAUUUAAAACGUCAAUGGGUUUUUUUAAGAGUUUGUAAAACGGUCUCCUGAUCCACAAAGCAAAUCCUGCUUUUCCCUUACCAUAUAGUAGUCAACAAUCCUGCAGGCUGCAUUCCCAAACUCCAGGGCUAAAUCUGUGGGGCUUUAGCAGCCAGGUUCAUCACAUACUCUAAUUGUCCUGUUAAUGCUGGUGUAAGGCAGGACUAAUCAAUACGCACUGGCGUCAUGGAUCUGAGAAAUCAUGUUGAAUUUAUAUAUAAUAUAUUUAAUCUCUAAUAAUGUCCUCAUGAUUCUUGAUAUCAAUUCUCAAGCCAAUCCUGCUAUUGUCUGCAGACAACAGCCUUGAUAGAGGAGCACAGCAGCUGUUUCAGCUGAUUCAAAAAACAUUCAAGGGAAGCGAUAGAGGGGAAAUCGAACAAAUAAGUAGCACACUCUAAAGUAAAUAUUUUAGCAGGACAGAAUUUGGUAUCCUAUUGUAUUUGCCCUUGACACUGCACUUCACAUGCCUUUUAAAUUGUUCACUCCAUUGACAGCAUUUUAUCUAGGAGCUUCCUUUUCCUGUGACACCUUACCGAAUGUUAGUUCAUGAAUUCUAAGUUCAUUAGAUAAGUGUCCUGUUGUUGUAAUGCUCCUUGCAUUUGUUAAGUAUUUGCUGCUUUGGGAUUAUCAGGAUUAUCAGACCAGACGUCCAGGAUAGGCCUUGGGGCUCACAGAGAAGAGGGGAAGAUGAUGUGGUCGCAUACUCUGAAAUGUGUUCCAUGGCCACCUCCAGUUCCUUUUCAAGCUCCUGGUGGCAGGCAGGUCAUGAAGGUCACUGUUGUGUAACUGCCUCAGUUAGCUAGUGGCACAGUCUGGAUACAAACCAGUGAACUCUAGUGUCUAACCAAGAAUAGCCUCAAUGGCAUCCUUACUGGCUGAUCCACGAAGAGCCCCACCAUUGCUCUCAUUUAUACCCUUGGUUUUUCCUUUAGCGUCUGCAGAUUCAGGACAAUCUUUGUGACUGUUGUUACUCUUCUGUCUCAUCUCUUACAUUUGCUGUGGUGUCACCAACCUGCUAAUAAAGUCAAAGUCAGGAAGAAGUACAUUAGUUGGGCAACAAUUUUGAAGUACAAAACCACUCACCUGAAGUAAUGAGUGAACAAUCCACACAACUCCACCCUCCCCCACCAUUAUUCUGUCAGGGGAUGCUUCUGUUCUGUGUUUUAAAAAACGUCACCUUUCUCCGCCUCCCAUAUUUGAGCCAAGGACAAAUGUGGGCAGUUGUGAUUUCACUGCCUGUCGAACUGCUCUCUUUUCAGUUUGCCACCAUAAUGGGAAGAAGCUAAAGGGUUACUGAGUGCAGAAGGGCUGGGCUCAGUCUGGAUGUUGAUUGCCUGGUUCCUGUGGUUCAUUAUGAUUUCCUUUCCCCUCUUCUCUACAAAUGUGCUGCCCACUGUAUUCACCUGUUUUUGGAAAGAUUGCCAUAACUAACUACCUUCCUUUCACUGUGUGUUUUCUCCUGUGCUCUUGCUGUGCAGUGACUGUAACACAUCCACUCCACUAUGACAGGAAAUUGAAAAAUGCUUAAUUGGACCUUUAAUAAAGAAUUUACUGCCGUCAGUUACAAUACUGUCAGAGUCUGAUAAAGGGCAGUGAAAGCAUAAUAAAACCAUAGGAAAAUGAAAUGCAAAUAAGGUAGUGUUCCCUCGUGCAGAGGAAAGCUCCAGUAAGUGUAAUAUUAUCCUUACAUCUACUAUAAUUGACAUUUUUUUACAAACAGGGGCAAAAAAAUGUUGCAGAUUGAACCUGAACCAACAUACAGACAUCUUAAACAUAUCAUGUUCCUGGGGAAUGCACAGGUCUAUCUUUAAAUAGAUUUUUCAUUUUCUUUCUUGUUGCUUUGUGUAUCAGUGUGAAUCAGUAUUUUAUGCAACAGUGGACUAUUGCAUGAAACACCGUUCGAAGUUUCACUAUUUCCCUCAGGUGCUUCUUGUGUUUAUAAGAUUAAUACAAAGCGGCACAACGCAUUGAAUCUCUAAUUUAAGAAAUAGGUAAUGUUAACAUAAUUUCAUAUUUGUGGUGUUUUAUGCAACCAGUCCCAAGGGCCUAAAAGUGCAAAAAGAUUAAUGCGUUAAUGAAAGCAACAAUACUGAGGCUAUUUCUUUUCCUUUAUUUUGUUGCUGAGAUGUUUUAUUAUUUAAUUAAUCAAGCUUUUAUUUUUUGUACCUGUUUUUUCUUUAGUCUGUGUUCACAGAGAAACAAACAUCUACUUUGUCCUAGGAUAGUAGAUUUUUUUUCUAAUCAUUUCUUUCCCAAGAGGGAAGUAAACUUGUAAACAGUAUGUAAAGUCAGGAAAAACUGUAAAAUUUGUAUGUAAUAUCUUUAUUUUUUUAAAAAACCUGAUUGACACAUUUAAAUCCAGCUGUAUUCAACUUCAUUAAGCAUUAGUAACCAUACAAUGUUAUGCAUGGGUCACCGGCUCAGACGCAAUGUUGUAUAUUGCUAUUUUUAUAGCUGGGGAGGUCGUUUCACUACAGUUACUCUGAAACAAAAAUGAGCACCAAAUCCAAAUAAAUAUUUGCCUUUCAUUCUC